AUGGCGGCUGCAAGCAUGGCCGCCGCCAGCAGUUCAACGACUCCACUCAUUGGGAGAGACCGGAGCGUAUCAGACGCCGCCGCCACGCACAACGUUGUAGACGAUCCGCGACCGCCCGAAGCCGUGCAUCUCCCCCGCUCCGCCAGCUAUACCUACUUUCCCCCGGUCAAAGAUCUAGAGUACGAGGACUCGUCCGUCGUGGAGCUCAAGGGCAGGAUCUCCGAGGCGGAGCUGCACUCAUCGAGAGAUGAGGAUUCGCCCUACUCUUCCAGCGGAGGCUCGACGCCUGAGAACGAACCUGCCGAUCUACCGGACGAAAAGCCAUCGCACUCGGCUGAUCCGCCGACUCAGCGAUCGAGGCUCUCCCGCUUUUUCUCCUCGUCGCGCGAGCCUGUGACGUCAGGCAACCAGGCGAAGGACGGGGUGAAGGACAAGAGUACGCGCAAGGACACGCAGAAAGAACCCUUGAAGCAGCUACAGAAGCAACCCCCGAAGGAGGUGCGGAAAGAAUCCCACAAGAAUUCACAGCAGCAGGAGAACUCAAAGCAGAUUUCAAAGCAGACGCGGAAACCGGCCUCAAACCAGACUCCAAAGGAAGCCUUGCAAGAUACUUCGACAGACGCCGCACAGGACACCCCGAAACUCGCUUCGAAAGAGGCUUCGAAGGAAUCCCCGAAGGAGAGCCAGCAAAAAGCACAAAGUGAGAAGAAUAAGGAGGAAGAGGAAAAGGAGAAGACGGACAGGGCGGAAGCUGAUCAGCAGGCCGUGCCUCCCAAAAGGUCGCUUACUCAUCUUCGACGCAAGUCCUGGGUGUCGUCCAGUGCGAAGGAGUCGUCACCGAGCAAAUCCUCAGGAGAAGAUGGUGUAAACGGCAACCGCCCAUCUCCCGAAAAGCGUCGGAGCCUCAUCACUACAUCCCGGCGCAAAUCCAUUCUUCGCAAGGAUUCCGACCCGCCUCCGGUCGAGGAGGAGCGUGCAGAGCGCCCAACUGCUGCAACCAGACGCAAGUCAUUCAUACGGAAGGAAUCGGAGGGCGCACCCGCUUCGGAGGACCGUCUCAGUACCCGUGUAUCUCGGCGCAUGUCCAUCCUGCGAAACAAUUCGGACCGCAAAGAAACGGAGCCAGCUCCCGCCGAAGACUCUGCCACGAAAUCUCCCAAGAAGGGUACCGUUCUUACGAAGAGACCUAGGAAACCUUCAGAUGCUUACAUCAAGCCGCUCAAGGCCGAAGAGCUCCCUCCAAUUCCGGCAGUACCCGAGAUACCAAAGUCUCCCAACCUACCAAAAUCUCCGUCAAUGCCUGCCUCACCUCAACUAGGCCAAUCGUUCUCCACCGACAGAUUACCAACGCUGAUGAGGUCACCGCCAUCGCAAGAAUCCGUCAUUCCACCCGUGCCGAGGACGGUCAAUCACGAGAAGUUGAAGACCUUUUCGUUAGAAACGCCGAAGAAGAAGGAUGAACUGUGGGGCCAGUUCCGAAGUCUGGAUGGCGACUACCAAAAAUUCUCGUCAAAAUCCAUUGCUUUGAAAGCAAAUGUUGUACGCCAGAACCUGCUUCCAUUCCUCCGAACUUAUGCAACACAUCCAUCAAACAGUAGGCUUCGGCCAGAAGAUUUGGACCGCCGCAGCAACAUUCUGAAUCGAUGGUGGACCGGCUUGCUGGAAAUGAUCAAUGGAAAGAACAACCAAUCUAUCUCCGGGUCCGACAGGCCUCAUAUCCUUCAGGCGAUAGUAGGUAUUAUGGAACGCCCAGAGUGGCGCACACAUCCUUCACCAUUUGCACCCUUGACGGAAAGGCAUGCGCCGGUCAUACCCCGGUCACAUUCCUCAACAUCAGUCGCAUCUCUCGAGUCCGACUUCUUGGCCGAAUCGGUGCAUCACAACGUACGCAACACACUCAUCCAAAAUCUUACCGCGCAGAUGGGAUUUGUGGUUGAGAAAAUGUCUUUGCGAAAUGCACCGGCUAGUUUGGUGAACUUCUGCGGGAAAACAUGCGCAUAUGCCUUUUUCUUUUGCCCCGGCAUGGCAGACAUCCUUGUUAGACUGUGGUCGCCCUCUCUAGAUGCCAUGAGACGGGUCAUGGCGGAGUGCAAGAUGUCAGACAGGUCGAAGCUUGACGAAACGUCCAAAGCAAUCCUCCCCAACUUCCCGCCGAAUCUCCAUUCCCUUGGAUUCACCAACCUUCACAAAACUUUCCGUGAGCUUCGCAAGCCUGCUCCGUUCCCUCUCGGGACAGCUAAUUUGCCUUGGCACGGGUCGUGGGUGAAGCGAUGGUCGGGGACGGAGAGCGACCUUUUUUACGUCUUUGCCAAGUGCUAUCAUAUCCUGAUCACAGACUUCCUUCCGGCAGGAACGACCGCUGCUGAACGACUCUGCGCCCCUGGGCUUGUCAUGGUCCACGCCCAGAUCCUCGCAAACCUGGACGAGACUCUCCAUCGCCACGCAGCGUUGACUGCCGCAAAAGAAGAAGAAAGCCUUUCGACGUCUUCUAUGACCUUUGAUGACGUGCUUGCGGACGGUCCGGAUGCAGCGGCGUCGGCCCUUCCUUUGCCUCCGGCCAACGCCGUUCGGCUGAUGGCAGAGAAUCGUCUAAUCAUGCUUCUUCGAGAUUUCCUCUCAGUAGGAAACCCUCAAUCCAUCACAGCCCCUCACAUGUUUGCAGAAAGUUUCAGUUCUCUCCUACAAGCAUCUGCUCGUAGGGUCUCCAUUUUCGAUCAUAACGCGUCUUAUACCCUUUGCGAUUUUCUGGAAGAAGCACUUCUGAUCUUGUUGCGUUAUGAGCGCGCUGCCGACAGGUUGGUCGUUGACUGGACAUUUUGGAUUUCCGUGUACAGGCGUAUGACAGAAAGCCACAACACCACCACGGAGAUCCGACUUUUGUCCUUUCUGUACAGCGUAUGGGGCACGAUUGUUGAGGAUGAGAAGCGCAAGUCCGAGCUCUGUCUCGACUUCCUGCUCGAGCCAGCGUUUUUCGAAAGCCGUUUCAAUCACUGGUGCCCCAUGCUUCGGGCAUACUACAUGAGGUUGAUCUGUUGGAGGGUCUCAAGAUUUGACGGGGAGGCUACGGACUCUGACUUGCGAAUCCUGAAUAGUGUCGAGGAGAGGUUGCAAUCAGUCUGGGCCCACUACCUGUACCUGCAGGAAGUGGCACAGACGCGAAACGAGCCGCUCCCCUCAACCACGCCUUGCAACCCAGCACCCGGGCGCCGGCUGCUCAUCAUACGUCACGACGCGCCAUUGUCCCCUGCAAAUGGGCCAUUCCUCUCAUUCGACGGGAUCGUGUCGAAUGCUUCGAAAAACCAACAGUCAGCGUACGGCAACCACUCGUCGCUGGAGACGCAGCUGGGCGACACAAACAUUCGGCCAGCCUCCGCACUAUCCAUUGCUUCGGAUAACUCGGACGCUGGGGAAGAGGACAACGGCAAGAAGCGGUUCAGCUUGCUGCGCAAUCUUCUAAGCGUGUCCAAGCCGCGCUCGAAAUCUCGCAGCCCUGAUCCACCAACCUCCCGCGAGGGAACCACAGACACGCCGAACUCGGACAGCACUACCUCGGAAACGGCAGCAAAGAAACACAACACGCCGGAGGUGCCUCCGCAUCGCAGCUACUGCUUCCGCUUUUCAUUGGAAUGGGUGCAUGACAAGCGCUUCGCAAACCCUGGCCCGAUGCGUCUGAUGCCUCCACGGCUGCCCCCGGCAGCUCAUAAUUUCUUGCACGCACAGCGCGAGGAGUCGGAAACGGCCAACCCCAAGCCGAUUACAAGCGUCAAGCCGGAAGGGGCAGCCAUCACUUCGAGCAAGUACGCAGGACGCGCGCUGGGCGAAUGGGCGAUAGUGGUGGGCGAAUGCCAGAGCUUUUUCCAGCGCAGGAAAGACGAGGGCGUACCAGGUAACAAGCUGGUGGAGACGCCCACGCUUGGCGUUGAAGUUUUCAGGCGACCAGGCUGA